AAAAUAUCAGUGGCACUUUCACAAUCUGCUAUCUGCCUACAUCCACUGGCUCUUGGUUUUGAUUAUUGGAGGAAGAAAGACAAUUAGACCAAAAAUGCCGGAAACAGAGGUGCCUUGCAAGAACAAGAGAUGGUCUCUUGAGGGCAUGACUGCCCUUGUCACUGGUGGAACCAGAGGCAUUGGAUACGCCAUCGUGGAAGAACUAGCAGAACUAGGCGCUGUGGUUUAUACAUGUUCCCGAACCCAGACAGAACUCAACAACAGGCUGCAGGAAUGGCAGAGUCAAGGGCUCAAAGUAAAGGGCUCUGUUUGCGACCUCGCAUCUAUAGAACAAAGACAGGAGCUCAUCGAGACCGUCUCCUCUGUUUUUAACGGAAAACUCAAUAUCCUCGUCAAUAAUGCUGCAACCGCAAUGAUCAAAGAGUGCACGGAACAUACUCUGGAAGAUUACUUCAAGUUAAUGACUACCAAUUUCGAGUCUCCAUUCCAUCUGUGUCAGCUUUCUCAUCCUCUCCUGAAAGCAUCAGGAAAGGGAAGUAUUGUGUUUAUCUCCUCUGUUGCCGGUGCUAUGGCCCUGCCUUCUUUAUCCGUUUAUGCAGCAAGUAAAGGAGCCAUCGACCAAGUUACCAAGAACUUGGCAUGCGAGUGGGCAAAAGACAACAUCCGUGUCAACACCGUCUCGCCGUGGGCCGUCAAAACCACCAUCGCUCAACCUAACCUGGAUUCGCCCGUGGUAGUACAAUUUAGGAACCUAAUAAGGGGAACACCGAUGGGUCGGACAGGGGAGCCUAACGAGAUAUCGUCGUUGGUGGCGUUCCUUUGCCUUCCGGCUGCUUCGUACAUCACCGGACAGAUAAUUUAUGCGGAUGGAGGGUAUACCGCCGGUGGAUGUUGGCCUGAACGGAUUUCAGCAUAAAUCAACUUAGGCCAAUGCAUGCUUAAUUAUUCCUGAAUCCUGAUGAUUACUCUGUAGAAAUAAACUUUGGACAGCAGUUUCAAAGUUCGAACGGUUUAUGUUUAGUAUUUAAUUAGAUGUUUCCAGACUUCUGUGCUGGGUGGGAAAUGUUACCGUUGAAAUGCUCAGAGUGUUAAUACAACCUCGCCUUCCCCACAUCCCCUCAAAAAAAAAAAGGCUCUCUGCGUUUCUUUUUUUUUUUUAUUCUCAAUCUGUGCUAGUUUGAUGUGAGGGAAUAAGAGACGAAAUUAUUU